AUGUCAUUUGAUUACGAAAUAUAUAAAGAAGGUGGUAUCUUAAACGAUAGAUAUCAAAAAGUUGACGAUAUUAGUGAAGGUUCAUAUGGUUAUGUUUCCUUGGCUAAAGAUUUGAAAUUGAAAAAAUUAGUUGCAAUCAAAUAUAUUUUUAAACUAGAUAAUGACUAUAAUGACGACGAUAAUGAUCAAAGAGAAAAUAUAAAUAAUGGUAUUGAUCCAACUGAUUGUAGUUCUGAAAAGAAACAUGAACUGGAUCAACAAUUACAAAAUAAGAAAUCUUUAAUUUCUGAUGCUGUGAAAUCAAGAUUCUCGAACAACGUUUGUUUCGAAGCAAUGUAUGAAGUGGAUAUUCAAACAAAAGUUGGUAAACAUAGAAACGUGGCAGAAUUGUUGGAUUUUUUCGAUUCUUACAUCAUUAUGGAAUAUUGUACAGGAGGCGAUCUAUACGAAGCAAUUAAAGAUGAUAUUGUCCCAAGAAAGACGAAAUCAAUUACCUAUAUCAUUUCUCAGAUUAUGGAUGCUAUAGAAUUCGUACAUACUAAAGGAAUAUAUCAUAGAGAUAUAAAACCAGAAAAUAUCUUGAUCACAGGAAUCGAUUGGACAAUCAAACUGACAGAUUGGGGACUAGCCACUACAGAUGAAAAUUCAAUGGAUAGAAGUGUAGGAAGUGAAAGAUAUAUGUCACCUGAAUUGUUUGAAUCUAAUUUAGAUAUGAAUGAACGUAAUGAACCUUAUGAUUGUAGUAAAGUUGAUUUAUGGGCAAUGGGGAUCGUAUUUUUAAAUAUUGUGUUUCACAAGAAUCCUUUCAGUAUUGCAGAUCAAACGGAUAAAUCCUUUUGUUAUUUUGCAGCAAAUAGAGAAGCGUUAUUUGACGUGUUUUCUUCCAUGACUUAUGAUUUUUUCCAAGUGCUAAGAUAUUGUUUGACUAUCGAUCCAACAAAUAGAGAUUUAGCAAAAAUGAGGGAAGAAUUGAAUAAUUUAUCCGAAUAUACAUUCGAUGAUGAAUAUUACAACUCUUUAGAGGAUGAAUACGAUAUUCCAAUGUCAUCAGAUGCUUCCUCUAUAAAGAUUUCCGGAUCAGAUGUCUCUACCACUCCUCCUUCAGAAACAAAAUUGUUCAUGCCACCAUCUUCUGCACCAGUGGCAUUGCCAACACCUAUCAAUUCCUCCAAACCCUUACCACAAAUUAAAAACGAUGAUUUUGAGAUUAAACAUGAUUCGUCGCAAUCUACAACUGCCACUAAUGAUACUAAAUAUGAUACCUUUAAGAAACCGUACGAUAUUCCAAAAUUUAAAAUUAAUGCUCAAAAUGAUCCUUCCCAUACCACCACUACUACUUAUGAUCACAAGUUUGAUGAAAAUCAAAAUAAUCGUAAUAAUUACAAGCCUAAUACAAACAGUUAUUACAAUAAUGUCGAUCAAAGAGAACGUGCCAAAUCAGUUCCAAAGAUUAAGUUCAAUAGACGUCCCCGUGUUAAGAACAAUCAUAAUCAAUAUCAUAUAAGCCCUACCAAUUACAACAAUAACAACGCUUCACAUAAUUAUAAGGGCAACAACAAUAACAUCAGCAAUAAUAAUAACAAUGGCUAUUACAAUACUCAUUAUAAGGCAUUUAGAAUGAGACGUAGAAAUAAGAGUAAAAUUAUUAAACAUUCUAGAAAGCCUCUUGGAAUUCCAACUCCAAAUACGCAUAUCAAUAAUUAUAUCAAUGAUUACAGAGCUAAAGAAGAUAAUCAAUUCAAUACAAGAGAUUUUUUCACACCUCCGAGUGUACAACAUAGAUAUAUGGAAGGUAUAUAUGAUAAUAAGAAUAGAUACCACAGACAGCAAUACAAGAAUAAUCAUUUGAAUGUCCAUAAUAACUAUAACAAUAAUGAUUCUAAUAAUGGUAGUAACAAUAGUAAUUACAGUAAAAGUUGGAAUAAUAACAAAAGUUCUAAAUUUAGAAGACCAAGUACCACAGGUAACCAAGCAUUCUCGACUAAUUUCUAUUCUGGAAAUAGAUCCAGACAUAGUUUUCAUAGCAGUAAUAUGACCAGUGGAAAUGUUUUUAAGCGCACUACUGUUCAACAUUCACCUGGUAGCUAUAUUCCACCAAAUGCCAGAUGUAACUUCCCUACCAGCACAUCAGUCGGAGUUUAUUCUUCCCAGAUUCCAAACAUAUCUAGUGUUUUAGGUGAAUCAGAUAACGAAGGUUUAUCCAAUGAAAGAAAUAAGCAACUUCCUGCUACUUCGAUGUUGAAUUCUGCCAUUGAUAAUGAACAUGAUCUGGAUGAUACAUUGUUUUCUUUGGAUGAUGGAGAUCAUGAUUACAUUGAUAAUAUGAAUAACUUAUCACUUAACGAUGGUAUGCAACAUAAUAACAACGUGGACAAUAUGAAUAGGAUGAGCGAUACAGGCAAUGCAUUCCGUCAAUUACAUGCUCUCAAUGUUAAUAUUCCUAACCAUCAACCAAUUCAUUCAAAUAACGACAGUGAUUUGCCAGAUUUGCUAAAAUCUCCAGUGAUUAGUUCAACAUCCUUGAACACAGCGCAUGGUUAUAACAAGCCAAUGUCAAACAAUCAAUAUUUGAAUAUUCCAAGCGAUAUGUCUCAAGGCAAUGCACAUCAUAAACCAGGGGUGUAUGUUCCUCCUCAUCACAGAAGAAGUUCUGGUUAUUCUACCAAUGAAGCUGUUUUAUCUGUUUCUCCAAACUCAAUCAGUAUUCAAAAAGCUGAACUACAUCCUAGUCAAACUUUUAAGAAGCCAAGUAUUCCGAUUGGAAAUUCAGGUACAACUGUGGCACUACAAGAUCAUGACGUAUUUAGAUAUUCAGACAAUGAUGCAUUAAUCUUUGAAGAUGACGAUGACGAUGACGAUGUUGUUAAUGACACAAACACGAAGUACAUGAAUGAUGCGAAUAGCAACAGAGCAAGAAGAAGCUUUGGUCCAUAUAAAAUAUAUGACGAUGACGAUGAAAACAAUACCAAGUUGAACGCAUAUCGUUCCAAUAGAAGAACAUCCAGCAUUCAAAAUGAAGUAGUUGGUUCAUUGGAGCAAUACAAAAAUAAUUGGCUCAUGUUACAACAACCCCAAGAAUAA